GGCUCACAUCUCUGUUCUUUCUCUCCAAAGAUUCCUUCGCCACCAUGGCAUCGAGUUUUCUCUUGGAAGUAGAGUCGCCAUGGAUUCUAUCGUCAACAUUUAUAUUUUCUCUUGAACUUUGGUAUUAACAUGAAUUUUAUUUUAUUGUUUCUAUCUGUGAAUUGGUCUUGCGAGGUUAAUGGAGUUACUAUUAACUUUUUUCAUCUAUUACAUGUUUCUUUAUUGAAUUUUGUACAUGCAUGUCGACUAAGAGAUGAGGAGAAGAAAUACGAGGAAGAGGCCAACAACAUAGAGUACAGGAGGUAUAACGAUCUAAAAGCAAUUGGUAAUUUUGGAAGAAAACAUCAACUCAGGGGCUUAUAUUCUUCUAUGUGUUUCUGGUGCUUCUUGUAUUGUUCAGUGCAUUUCUUCACACUUCAACUGUCAGGCAUGAGUGAGCUAUACAACUCUACAAAGUGUUGAUGUCAUACCCAAGGCACACAAAAAUAAUUUGAAAGUUUAGAAAUGUGAUUCUUGGUGAGUUUUUGGAGCUUUCAGUAAUGCAGAGCAAGCUUGUCUCAUAUCUUUGGUUAUGCCAUAAUUAGAAACUUGAUGAUAGAUUUUAUUCUUGUGUUACGGGAUUGGAUACAAUGAGUUUCAAGAUAUUGUGGAUGAUGGUUCGAUAAAAACUGGACUUUAAGCAUUGAAAUACAACUCAUAUUUUCCUUUUUCCGUGUUCUAGGAAGCUACUGUGCAAUACAUGGACCUUACUAUCUGUUAUCAUUCUUUAUUUCUUUCUGUUAUGUCUUUAUCUUAUAGUUGAUUAUAUAUAUGCAUACAAUCAAUAUUGUAUUUUUACUUGGUACCAAUGUUCUGAACUAUUUAACUUUCUCAUUGAUUAUAAACGUGAUGUUCAAAGGUUUUAUAAUUUACAACCAGUUUCUCAUGUUGUCAUGUUACUUGCAUUCUCAGAUUUACACCAGAUACUUCUAUUCCAGUUCGUUAUUUCCAGGUGCAUCAUUCAUACCUGCACCUCAAUUUGCUAAAAUACCAUUUUGUUUUGCGGGCAACCAUUAGGUGAUGUGAAUUAUACGCAGGGCUAAUUAGUGUGUUCUUCAAGAAAAAUCAUACCAAUCAUGAAUUGAAUAGAUUUUCUAUAAUCUCUUGAGCAAUAAUGUAUUGCAUUUGCUUGCUCUUUUGGGGAUGGAGUAAGGGAGGGAAAGGGAGCUGAAACAUGAAGGUAUGGAAAAGGUAAGGAUUAUAUCCAGCAUUUCUUUGUGUCCAUACUUGGACUUUCCUUUACAUUAAAUGAUGGAGCAUGCAAAAUUUUGGGGGAAUAGCUUUCAGCCUUGUGGAAAUCGUGUUUUUCCUGAGAGUUGAGUGUGAGGCUAUCUGCUGUCAUAAAUUUUUCUGGUGAGUAGUUAUCCCUUCUUUUGGUUGGUAUUUUCUCAUUCUUUAGAUAUGACCCAUUGUAGAUGCUUUUGGUAUGUGCAGGAUCAAAUAUUUUAGGGGAAGUUACAAAGCUCUUUGCAGAUGCUGUAUUAAUUUGCAUUGCAAGUCUGAUAUCUACUAACAGAAAGGAUGCAUGCCAUAUAAAAACUCUAUCGAG